ACGUGUAAUUUUAGUCACACAGAACAUACUUUUUCUCAAAAAUUUACUAGCUACAUUUUAUUAAAAAAAAAACUUAUCACGUAUUAUCAACAUUCAUCUAAUUAUAUAAACAACAGCGAGCAACGGCAACACCCACGACUCCGCCGUUCUCUUAUCAGCUGUUUUGACCUCUCGGGCGGCCUUCCGUGGUCCAGAUUACGCUAGUUUUUAUUUUGCCAAUCCUAACCGGUUUCAAAGGGGAGCUGCCGUCCCACCCGCUCGGUGCCUUGUGAUCCCGCGGUCGCCCAGCUUCCCCUCGAAGUGGGAACUCGAUCCCGUCCGGAUUACUUUCACUUUCGUGCGUUCCAAGAUCGGUGGCAGCGUAGGAGAGACCCCCCUUCAAAAAAGCAGCAUUCGUGGCCCCACCAGAACGAACACACCCAGCACCGCAGCUUGCAUCCACGUCAUUCGGAUCGGCCACAGCAAACACUACGGGAUCGACCUCGACCACCCCAGGUCACCUUCGAGCAAUCGGUCCAAAGUUCAAAGGAAUCAAAUGAACAUGACGCGCAUAUUUCAAUCCCGCACCACGGCCACACCACUCGGGAGAGUGCUGACGUCUUCCGGUCUGAGUAAAAUGUUAACAGCCGCAUCCUACGGUAAUGCGGCCGCCGGUGGGUCGACCGUAGCGACACUGCAGCGUCAACCCGUGCCCAAGCUACCGGACACGAUGCAGAAGCUGCUGAAAUCCAUCGAACCCCACGUCGAUGCACAGGUAUUGGCCGCUUCGAAGCGGGCGACGGAACAGUUUUCCGCUUCCGGUGCCGUCGGCCAAAAACUGCAGGAACUGCUGAACCAGCGUGCCGCCAAGAUGGAUAGCUGGUUGGCCGAUUGGUGGCUACGCAGCGCUUACAUGGAGUACCGCGAUCCCGUGAUCGUAUACUCCAGCCCCGGACUGGUGUUUCCCCGGGCUGACUACCAGACGCUGGACGGGCAGUUGGCGUACGCGGCCCGCAUGGUAUCGGCGGCCCUCGCCUACAAGGCACUGAUCGAUGGUGGUAAGAUCCGGCAGGAGAUGAUGGGCAAAGUGCCGCUCGAUAUGUCGCAGUAUGAGAAAAUCUUCGGAACGUGUCGCAUUCCGGGCCGGGACCGGGAUUCGGUGCAGUAUAAUCCACGCUCACGACACAUCGUCGUGGCCUGCGGCAACCGUUACUAUCGGCUCGACGUUAUCAACGCCUCGGGGGCAAUCGUGAGCGAAGGACAGAUACUGGCGCAGCUUCAACGAAUCGCCAAGGAGUCGGCCAACUCAUCCAGCCCUCCGAUCGGCAUCCUGACCGCUAACCAGCGCGACAGUUGGGCCGAAGCAUACGAGAAGCUUGUGGCCGACCCGACAAAUCGCAACUCGGUCACCGCGAUCCAGCAGGCCCUGUUUGUGCUUUCGAUCGACCGUGAAAUCCCACAAGCACCCGGUGGUGAUCACAUCAUUGCCGCCAGCGAUCUGUUGAUCCAUGGCGGUGGCUCAACCGUUAACGGAGGCAACCGGUGGUACGACAAAACGAUCCAGCUGGUUGUGGCUCCGAACGGUAUAAACGGACUAACGUACGAACACUCGCCGGCCGAGGGACAACCGAUCGCCAUCAUGACGGACUUUUUGCUCGAACACCUGAAGCGUGGCACGACGGCGGCCGAUCAACAGACCGUACCGGGUGCUGGAGAGGCCGUCGAGCUUCCCUUCAACGUAGGUGCACUGUCAGUGAAGGCUGCGAUCGAGCAGGCGGCCAAUUUCGUCGAUAAGCUGGCGGCCGACAUUCAGAUGCACUAUCUGCACUUUACCGACUACGGCAAGGGGUUUAUCAAAUCGCAGCGCAUGAGCCCCGAUAGCUACAUUCAGAUGGCGAUCCAGUACGCUUUCUACCGCUUGCACAAGGUCCCGGGUGCACAGUACGAGUCGGCCCAGAACCGCAUGUAUCUGCGUGGGCGCACCGAAACGAUCCGCUCCUGUUCCGUCGAGUCGAUCGCGUUCGCACGAACCAUGCUGGACCCGAAGAAGGAUGGCCGGGCGAAGGUGGAAUCGAUGAAGGCAGCAGUCGAAGCGCACAAAGCGUACGUGUCCAUGGCCAUCCAGGGGUACGGUGUUGAUCGCCAUCUGCUCGGGUUGAAACUGACCGCGAAGGAGCACGGAAUAGCGGUGCCAGAACUGUACUCCGACGCUGGACUGCAAGCAAGUGCCCGUAUGCGGCUAUCGACUAGCCAAGUGGCCUCACGCUACGAUGCAUUCAUGUGCUACGGGCCACUGACGGCCGAUGGUUACGGAUGCUGCUACAACCCGAAAGAGGAGGACAUGUGGUUCGGUCUGUCGGCAUUCCGAUCCAACCACGACUCGGACGUGGAGCGGUUCCGUGUCAGUCUGCAGGAAGCACUCCGAGAGAUGUACGAAGUGCUGGUGCUGCAUGGCGAGAAACCGAAGGGCAAACUAUAGGCAGGGUACUCUGCGGGCGGAGGUCCUGGAUUUCGCGUCGUUUCGACCUUUCUAACGAAUUUAUUUGUUGUUGUUGAGUUUUGUAUUUUUUUCGACAUAAAACGAACCUGUGAAACUGAUAAAUGACUGAUUUUAUAAAAUGCAUCCAACGGGAUCAGUAAUAAAGUGAAUCAUUGGUGAUGGUGCCUUUUACUCGA